AGAUUUUGUGCGGCGGGAAACAGAUAAAGUAAAAAACAUAAACGCAUCCCAGGCUUCUUCAAUGUUGAAAAAAGCAAUAUACUGGUCUGAAGGUGUGUGCAGACUCGACUAUAUACGAUGAGUUGUAUUUCGUUGCAGAUGCGUUACGUGUAUCCUGUUAAACAAGCGUAAGGGCACCGUUUUGGUAGAUUUAAGUUCAGGAUCUCUCGGUGAGAAAGAUGAGUUCAACUUCCAAGAAACGUGAAAAUUCUUCCAGCCAUCCCAAGUCGUCGAAGCGUCACAAACACAGUGACAGUGAUUCGGAGGAUGAUUAUGUGCCCUACGUACCGUUGAAGGAGAGACGAAAACAGCAGUUGGAUAAAGCUCAUAAACUCCUGAACCGCAAGAUCGCCAAGGGAGUGGUGGAAGGGAAGCAGGAGCAGCGAGACAGUGGUCUUGAGGAUGGCGGGCUGGUGGAUGACCUGGGGCCCAGGGCCAAUGUCAGCUUGCUGGACCAGCACGCAGAGCUCAAGAAGAAGGCAGAGAGCAGCAAAGUCAACCAGCUGGACAAGCAGCUGGAGGAGGAGCAGAAGAUCCUACAGAGCAUCCAAGAGCAGAGAGCGCUGAUGACGGUCAAGGAGUUGGCCAAGGGCAUCACGUACACGGAGGCACUCAAGACAGCUUGGACUGUUCCAAGGUGCAUCCUUAACAUGGGGGAGGGUCGCCACGAACGAGUUCGUAAGAAGCUUCACAUCAUCGUCGAGGGAGACAGUGCACCGCCCCCCGUCAAACACUUCAAGGAGAUGAAGUUUCCCAAGUCCAUCCUCUACGGCUUGAAGAAGAAGGGAAUCGUGCAUCCCACUCCCAUCCAAAUACAAGGCAUACCCGUGGUCCUCUCUGGUAGAGACAUGAUCGGUAUCGCCUUCACCGGCUCGGGCAAGACUCUGGUGUUCACCUUACCCCUCCUCAUGUUCUGCCUGGAGCAAGAGAAGAAGAUGCCUUUCAUCCGGAACGAAGGGCCGUACGGCCUCAUCAUCUGUCCCUCGCGCGAAUUGGCCAAGCAGACCCAUGAUGGCUUCCAGUACUUUGCGAAGUGCCUCGAGGCAGAAGGCCUGCCGUCCGUGCGAAGCAUGCUGUGCAUCGGCGGGAUACCGUCCAAGGAUCAGAUGAAACUUCUGCAGCAGGGCGUGCACAUCAUGGUGGCCACGCCCGGCCGGCUUAUCCACAUGCUAAACAGGAAGAGCUUCAAUCUGUCAGUUUGUCGCUACCUCUGCCUGGACGAGGCUGACCGCAUGAUCGACCUGGGGUUCGAGGAGGACAUCCGUACCAUUCUCACCUACUUCAAGGGCCAGAGGCAGACGCUCCUCUUCAGCGCCACCAUGCCCAAGAAGAUCCAGAACUUUGCCAAGAGUGCCCUGGUCAUGCCGAUCACUGUCAAUGUUGGUCGGGCCGGGGCGGCAUCAUUGGACGUCAUCCAGGAGGUAGAGUACGUCAAGCAAGAGGCCAAGAUGGUGUACCUGCUGGAGUGCCUGCAGAAGACCCCACCACCAGUGCUGAUCUUUGCUGAGAAGAAAGCAGAUGUGGACGACAUCCACGAGUACCUCUUGUUGAAAGGUGUUGAAGCUGUGGCUAUCCACGGAGGAAAAGACCAGGAGGAGAGAACCCGCUCCGUGGAGCAGUUCCGGCAGAAGGAAAAAGACGUCCUAGUCGCCACUGAUGUGGCCUCCAAAGGGCUGGAUUUUCCUGAUAUCCAGCACGUCAUCAACUAUGACAUGCCUGAGGAUAUUGAAAAUUAUGUUCACAGAAUAGGCAGAACAGGUCGAUGUGGCAAAACGGGAAUUGCUACAACAUUCAUCAAUAAAUCAUGCGAGGAGUCGGUUUUGCUGGAUCUGAAGCACCUGUUGUUGGAGGCGAAGCAGAGGGUGCCACCGGUUCUGAUUGCUCUCGGAGGGAACGAGGAGCACCUGAGUAUUGGAGACGAGCGUGGCUGCUCUUUCUGCGGUGGGCUGGGCCACCGCAUCACUGAGUGCCCCAAACUGGAAGCCAUGCAGACCAAGCAAGCCAGCACUAUCGGCCGCAAGGACUACCUCGCCAACAGCGCUGCCGACUGGUAGUCAUCUCCACCAUUGGCUGGAGGAAUAACGGUAAACCAUGCCAGGCCCCGAAACUUUUCAAAUCAAGGACUGCCUUGCUACCAGUGCUGCGGUCUGAUAGGCAGCUUUACCACCGGCCAGGAAGGGACGAUAGACUGUGCUAGAGGUUGCAUGCUGUCACUUGAAGGCUGCCUGGCCAAGCGUGCUGAAGACUGGUAGAAAACCUUACAGCAGGCUUUUAACAGGGAUGAUAUGUUGUGGCGGAGAUGGACAUUUCUUUAAGUUUACUUGGCAGGCAGCAAGAUGGACUGCUGUUCACAGCUGCACUGUAGGCCAAGGUCUAGAGAGAGAUGGUAGACUCGUCAUUACAAAGAUUACCUUGCAAACAGCACCACGGAUUGGUAAACAACUGUACCACAGUCUGGUAAACCACUACAUUGGAAUAAGGGUCAUUGGUGGGUCUGUGGGAGGGGGACUAUGGCCCCUCAAAAGAAGUAACAUUUUUUGGAGUUUUUGAAAAAAUGGAAAAUGACAAUUUCUUGGGAAUGUUUCACACCCCUUCCUUCCACAAGCGUGUAAAAAGCCCCACAUUUUAGCCUCACUUUUCAGAAAGGCCACAAAAGGUUACGUAAAGAAAUUUCCCAAAUGUUGCCCUUCCCCUAAAAAAAAACAAAUACAAAUUUGGGCCAUCCCCCAAAUGAAGGUCUGGAUCCGCCCUUGAUAGGUAUGGUAGCCCAGGUUGGACAUACAAACUUGCCAUAAAAAUACCAGGCUGGAAUGGCAAAUGAUUGCUUUACAUAUAAGGGAUGGAUGGUAAGACACAUGGGGAAAUAUUCCAUGAAUCUUGCCUAUAAUAAGAGUCAAAGAUGAGCCAGUGCAGGAGAAAUCUUUUUCUUGAGAAGUCCUCUGACACAGGAUCACAGGGUCAGCCAAUAGGUAUUCCAUGCUGCUCUGUGUGCCUCAGAACUUCACCAACCAGGUUACAAGAAGGGCAUUAUCAGAAUGGCAUGCGCCAGUCAGUGAAGCCUCAGAGGUCAGGUCACCAGUCUAGAUCCGAGAGACUUUGAACUUGUCAUGGUGAAAGUCAUGGGACUUACCCUGUGGGCAUUUUAUUCGGAUAAAUUGAGACACUGUGACUAGGAUGUCUCUUUGUCAUUACCCAAAAUUUGUCCUCCAAAAUUUCCAGUGUGAAACUGUAACAUUGCAAGAACGACUGAACCUGUUAUACAUGUACAGUCAGUUUUCAUCAGAAGUAUGUUCUUUUAGCAUAAAUAACUUGAGGCUAAAGUUAAAUUCUGUACACGUGUUGAUAUGUUUCUGUAUCCUGUAAAUAAAUCUGAGAAAAUGA